GGGCGGUUAUUUAUAAUUUUGAAUACUUGAAACGUUUUGCUCUUGAAAGGAAUCGGACCAGUCAUUUUACCUUUGACUGUUAAGCUCCAUACUAGAACGUUAAAAGGAUAACCAGGUUGCAAGAAAAUGGUAUCCUAUUGUGAAUUCUCUGGUUCCAUAUCGCUCAAACUUUCUAGUGUUUUGGAGGACAUCGGCAUAACCAGGCGUAUGGUCCAAAAGAGAAGACACACUUUCCUUCUUCGUGAGACACUAGACACAAUGAGGGGACAAACGGUAGGAAAAGGAAUCUCUACCACAGAUACAUUUCAUUUUGGCUCUCAGAGCGAGGGUAGUACAACGCUAGAAAUGAAAUCCGAUGUCGACUCCUUGUUUUGUCAUGAACAACCAGUUAUACUGGCAAUGCAUGAUUGGACUCAAGACGUAAACAACUACUUAGUGAUAAAGAAUGAAACAUCACCACCUCAGCAUUGCAGUUUACAGAUAAUCCGGUUUGACUUUCCUGAGCCAUUUAGUGGACUAAUUUUACACGAUACUGCUGUUGAUAACGACGGCCGCGUUUUGCUUCAAAACACAUACUUUGACACUACUUCUAGAGAAGUGUUUGAUCAAGCUGGUAUUACCUUUAUCAAACACGGUCCUGCAGUGAAUGAUGCUUCCAACGAACGGUUUGAUUAUGUGCACGCAUUUCACUGUGCAAAGCUUCCAGAUGAAUGCCUCUAUUGGCAACGCAGACCAAGGGCCGAACGAUGGUUAACUGAGGAACUGCUACUAAAAGCACAAGAAUAUGGGACCUUUGUUGUUCCCGUUGGUUAUUCUGAAAGUGCGAAUGCAAAGGAAGAAUGGAGAUUUUCAACUUCGAUGAUUGAAAGAUUAUGCAUGUUUGAACUCAGCUUAAUCCAACUGAAAACGUACGUGAUGUUGAAAAUAAUAAAGUCAACAUUUCUGAAACCAAUUGUAGCCAAUCGGUUCAGCAGUUAUCAUUGUAAAACAGCGUUGCUUUACACUAUAGAGGAAUAUCCAGCGAGUAUCUGGAGGGAAAAUAAUUUGCUUGAAUGUCUUACAUGUUGCCUUAGGACAAUAUUACGAUGGCUUGAGUAUGGUUAUUGUCCACAUUUUACAAUUAAAGGAGUUAAUCUGUUUGUCGGUAAACUUUCCUUCCAAGACAUUAGUAAACUGACGCAGGUAAUUUCAGAAAUGAUGCGAGACAAUUUUCAAUGCCUACUGGCCAUUCAGAUGGAUUGUUUUGGUGACAGAUUAAGAGCUCUUGCAUCUGGGGACAUAUUAAUGAGUGCAAAAUUCAAAUCAAGAUAUAAAAUUCAUUGUAAAAUUGCAGGUAAACUGGCAGCUGGCCCUUGUAAGCAACUGACAUAUUCAGUUGGUCAUUUUCUCAGUGACAUCAAUACAAAAAAGGCACAAUAUGAUGAAGCGGUGCAGGAAAUUAUAUCGGCCAUACAGUUUUUGGAGAGACAGGUAAGAGAUGCGGAUCAUAUCAAAUCUAUUUCUUCUACAUAUAUCAUCAAAUAUCUUUGUGCAACUCUUGCAUCCCUACUAGCAGCCAUGUGUGUGAAUAAAAGCAUACCUCUCACAGCUGAAGCAGCCGGAUUGUUUGAGUUGUCAAUGGACAUAGAUCUGACCACAAAUAGGCUAAAAUUAGCCUCAUUCUAUUACUGUCAAGGUAGUUUUCAAAUUGCUGCAAAUAUUUUACACUCAGUUGAAAGAGAUUUCAAUAACAACGUGGUGCAGAUAUGCGGCUGUCUUAGGGAUGAUAAACAGCCGUCCGGCGCCUUCUGUGAACAAGCAUUAGAGUUACAGUUUGACGAAUUAAAACGAAAAUGCAUUGCAUUUUGUGUUAGAUUCCUACGACAUGAACAACACUGUACACCAGGACAUUUGGUGUGUGAAAUGUACAGAACCAGAACAGGAAAUGAUGCACGACAAAGAAGUUUCAGAAAUAGUUGGAUGGAUAUGGCCGUUGUUGAUCCGCUUCCACUGCUUUACUACCUGCAAUAUUUAACAUUCUAUAAGCUUGAAAAACAAGAAUUGCAAAAUAUGGCAUUUGAAAACUUCAAAGCUUAUAUUGCGGAAUAUAACGGCUGCGGUCACUAUGAAACUGCAAUUAACCUAUUUGGACAUGUAUGGGAGAUGGAGGGCAGACCAGAUAAAGCCUGUGAAGGAUACAUGAUAUCAAGGAGUGUAUUUCCCACAAAUAAUGCUGCCAACCACCAUAUCAAUAGGUUGCAAAAGGCAUACCCGAAUGGAAUUAUCAGAAUAAUAUACAUAUAAAGAGAUCUCAAUGACUUAAUACAAAAAAGAAUAAUAAAUCAUUGCAUGAAUGAUAAAUCAUUGAAUGAAUGAUAUAUCAUUUGACUGAAGUGCAACAUCAGCAAAAUGAAACAUAGACAAUGCCUGUAGAUAUAAAUGUAUCUGUAAUACAAUAAAUUACUGUAUACAUGUUUGUUUUUGGUUUUAUUUAUAUCAGACUGAUUCAAAUACCUACCAAGAAAUAUAUUCUACAUUUAUUUUACCUGUUUACCACAAACAUAUUACAUAGAUAAAAUUUUAGGUACAAGUUUUUAUUUGGAAUUUUAUAUCUGAAUGACUUCUAGUAUUGAAU